AGGUGUUAGCCAGUCCAAAAAAAAAAAAAGGAGGCGUUAGCAGUUAGCAGGGAUGAUAGUGGAGCUGUAAAGCUGAGGAGUGAGUGAGUUGCAGAGAGAAAAAAGAGAGGCAUGGAUUUGUCCAGGGUGAGAGAGUUGUUGGAAUCCAAAUCGUACGACAAGGUAGCCGAUCUCUGCGACAAUCUUAUGCUUCAGGUUGCUUCCGACGGCAUUGCUUAUCACGACGACUGGCCCUACUCCAUUCAUCUUCUCGCUCACAUUUAUGUUCAUGACAUCAAUAGUGCUCGCUUCCUUUGGAAAUCGAUACCUUCUUCAGUCAAAGAAGGCCAGCCUGAAGUCACCGCGGUAUGGAAAAUUGGUCAACGCCUUUGGUUACGCGACUAUGCUGGAGUGCACGAGGCAAUCCGUGGCUAUGAAUGGAGCCAGGACCUCCAAGGACUAGUUGCUGCUUUCUCAGAACUUUACACAAAGAAGAUGUUUCAGCUGCUUCUCUCUGCUUAUUCAACAAUAAGCAUUCAAGAUACUGCUUCAUUUUUGGGAAUGAAUGAGGAUGAUGCUACAAACUAUGUAUUACAGCAUGGUUGGACUGUGGACCCUGCAUCGCAAAUGUUUACUGUGAAGAAGCAACCUAUUGUGACAGAGCAGAAACUUGAUCCUAGUAAAUUACAGCGGCUGACAGAAUAUGUCUUCCAUCUAGAGCAUUGAAGCCUUUAAUCUUGUGAAGAAAUAGAAGAUAGAAAAUUACGACAUAUUUUAUCAACGCAGUUCUCGAUUUAACCGAUCAUAGGUGUUUUUCUCGAAUGUAAAGAUCUUGUCGAUAAUUU